GUUUACAUGUGCUCCCACGACGAAAAACAAUUGAAAGCAAUUUACUUUUAUCAUUGACAUCAAGAACCACGGAAAAUUGUGAGAAAAGCCAAUUAUUUCGGCUAAUGAUAAAAAUGCCAAUUUCCUUUUUCACUUUAUGAGGGAACUACCUUUAGAGUCUGCAGUCGCUUUCUCUACGCGAUCUAUACUGCAGAUACACAAACAACUGAUGCGGGAACACUCGAGAUCAACAGGAAGAAGAUGCUGCUGGCCACUUUCUCAGACGAAGUUUGCGUACUAUUUAGCUCGCCCAGAGAACGCGAGUCUGCUGACGUUAUUUAACAGUAUGUAGAGCUAUUUAAGGAAUGGGCCAAAAGGUGGAACCUGUCAUAGCAACCACUUGCAUGUGCGAUUCAGAACAAGUCGCUAAGAGCCAUUACCGGCUGCGAAUGGUACGUGAGUAACAAGACUCUGCACAGAGAUCUUGGCAUACAUACGGUGGAAGAUCAGAUCUCCCGCCAUUCCAGCCGGUACAACGAAAACGGAUGUCGCACAGUAAGGCAAUUGAAAAGGAGACAAAAUCUCUUUAAUUUAACCUAAAGAACUACAAUUAUAAUGUACUAAAUUUAUAUAUACAUAUAUAAAACUUGGAGACAAUGACGCAGCCCAAGUUUGUUGACCCAUGUUGCCACGCCCACUCUAACGCCCUCAAGCCGCCAAUUAUCGGUAGAUUUGCACAUAAUAUGUGAACGAGUGUACCCAGAUUGUAUCCCUAAGGGAACACGGAUAUCAGCACGAGUUCUCUGUUGAAAAAAUUGGAUUAGAAAUAAAGCUAAACAAAUAAUAAAAAUUAUUCAUAAAGCGUCAAUAUAGUUUGGUUAUCCACGCAGAACGUUUCCUGCCCUCAAAUGAAACUUAAAUUGCUUGGGACAUUUCUUGUAUUAAGCUUGGCAAAAUUCGGAGCGGUUUAUACAGACUCUAAUUAUACCGAAGCGAAAUCAUGUGUAAAAUGUGAUAACAAUUGUAACGAUGACGACGAUCUCUGGCACUGCAUUCGAAUUUGUUGCCCUCGUAAAGAUAUGAUGGCCAAUGGCGGUUGUAGUUUUAAGGAACAACUCUUCCGAACAAAACUUAAUUUAAUCGUAAAACUCGAUGACAAUUCGACAGAGACCCUAUAUUUCAACAACCAAACCCUGCUUACAACGCCGUUUUGGGAUAUAGAUGAAAUGAUCGGUCUGACCAGAGAUGAGUACACGUUGUACAAAAACGGAACCAUAUAUAUUCACUCCGACAUGAGGCUCAAGUCCAAAGAGGAAUACUGUUUCUAUCCCCAUCAGAUUUAUUCGGACUUCCCAGAAACUAUAUGGAUUCUUUUACACGAGUGGUCAUUAUUAAAGAUACCAGGAACUUAUGAGCUCACAUCAGUUUCUCUUAUAUGCAAUAUCUUCACAAUCGGCAUUUAUCUUUUCGUAAAAGAACUACGAAAUGUCUUUGGAAUGUGCCUAGUGAGUUGCAUAUUCUGCAUAUUUCUUACAUACCUGAUCUGGCUUAUAGAUAAAUUAAGAUGGAUUGAUGACUUCUGCUCACUGGCAGGUUAUAUCUCUUACUUCUUUGACUUUGCCUCUUCUGUUUGGCUCUCUGUAAUUAGCUUUUGUUUAUGGAAGCAAAUCACAGGGCUCGGUCGCCAAGAACAUCGCCAUCAGUUUCUGUUAUACAGUAUCUUUGUCUGGGGCAUUUCUACCAUCCCACUCGGUAUCAUCUUUUUGAUAAAUCAACUUUGGGAAAAGGAUCUCCAGAAAUGGAACUGGUUACCCUUAGUAGGCUUCAGUAGAUGCUCGGUGGAGGUCUAUAAGUGGUCGUCCUGGGUUUAUUACCUGGGGCCUUCUAUUACUAUUUGUAUCAUUAAUAUUAUUAUAUUCGUUCUGACCAUCAAACACAUUAAAAAAACGAAAAGAGAAAUCAAUAAGUUAACGCAUCGACCAGAUGGAACCACAAUGUGCCUUACUGUCGAUUUUCAUAAUACAUCUUCUCAUUCAAGGACCCUAUUAUAUCUGCGGAUCUUCGCCAUUAUGGGCGGAUCUUGGAUACUGUUCUACGUUUCGAUGCUAGAAUUGAAUUCCAAAUUUUGGAAUAUUUUCGUUAUACUAAUUCGAGUGCUCCAUCGUGGUUUUGGUAUCUUAAUAUGUCUGUUGCUCUUUUUUAAGCGCAGCACCUAUCGCCUGUUCAUUAAUAAGUAA